UCCUGCUUUUCAAUCUCACUAUCCGCAGUGGUUUGCAACCUCUCCAGCUUCCAGCGACCGCAAUUGCAACCGUCUUCCACAAUGGCUACUCAGUACGAAGUCGAGCACAAUGUUAAAUUCUCCGAGCCCCGUCGCUCCGGCCGCCGCGUCGACAUGGCUUCCUUCUUCUCCCUCCUCAACCAGCUGAGCGAACCCUCGGGCGACCAGACGCCCCAGCACAACCCGCACGCCACACCAACCCCCGUCGACACAGCCGCCCUCUUCCGUCUCCUGCAGGACCAGCUGCAGACGCUCCACACCACCGCCCCCAGCGCUGACAACCGCGAGUUCCUCGAGAGCCUCAUCACCUCCCUCGAGGACGACAUUCACGACCCGCCCACCCGCCUGCGCGGCGUCACCCAAGAGUUCGUUGACUCGCUCGACCGCGUGAACCGCAAGAAGCUCGACCAGGACGACGACUGUGCCAUUUGCAAGGUUCCCUACCUCGAGGAUGAAUACUGCCUCGUUGUUGAGCUCCCGUGCAAGGGUCGCCACCAGUUCGAUCUGGAGUGCGUCGGCCCGUGGUUGCGCAGCAAGGGCACCUGUCCCAUGUGUCGCGAGGAGAUGGGCCGCAAGAAGGAGGUGCCUGUCGUUGAGGAUGACGAGGAAGAUGAUCCGGAUAUGAUGUAUGCCUAAGCGAGGAGUUUCUGGAACGUGGAGAGUGAAUCGAGGAUUAUGCAUGGCUUUGGCGUAUGGGCGUUCUAGUGGUGGCGGUGGCGGUGGAUUUUGAGCAUGUUUGAGCCGGCGAGCUUGGUCGCCUGGCUCUAUUUCA